AUGUGGCUCAUUUCUUUACUCUUGGCGAUAUCUCUCGCCGCUCACGCCCAAGCCAGGGCAGUCUUUGCACACUUCAUGAUUGGCAAUACCGAACAGUACACCAAUGCUGACUUUGUCAAUGAUAUCACAAAAGCCCAAGAAGCUCAUAUCGAUGGCUUUGUUUUAAACAUUGCAUACGAUGACGCAACCAACGAUCGCUCUAUCCCCAUGGCUUUCGAUGCAGCCGGCAGCUUGGGCUUCAAACUUCUAUUCUCUUUCGACUAUGCCGGCAACGGAGACUGGCCCAUGGACGAGGUCAUUAGUCUCAUCAACAAGUACAGCUCGCAUUCUGCUCACUUCAAGCGCGGUUCUCAGCCAUUGGUGUCCACAUUUGAGGGCUUCAAUAGGGCUAAGGACUGGAGUACAAUCAAGGACAAGACCAACUGCUAUUUCAUGCCUAGCUGGUCUUCUGUUGGAGCCAAGAGAGCUGUCAGAACAGGCGAGACUGACGGUCUCUUCAGCUGGGCUGCUUGGCCCGAGGGUCCGAACACGAUUGACAUGGAGGUUGAUGCAUCCUACCUCAUUUUCUUAAACGGAUCAUCCUACAUGAUGCCAAUUUCUCCUUGGUUCUACACCAAUCUGCCCGGCUACAACAAGAACUGGCUCUGGCGCGGAGAUUCGCUGUGGCAUGACCGCUGGAAUCUGGCUUUUACUCUUGUCUCACAAGACCAGUGGCCAGGUCAACCAGAGUAUCUACAGAUCAUCUCGUGGAACGACUACGGAGAAUCUCAUUACGUCGGUCCUCUGAACGACAAAGCUUACGUCGCAUUUGACAUUGGCGAGGCUCCUUACAACUACGUCAAGGGAAUGCCUCAUGACGGCUGGAGAAAGCUGCUUCCCUACGCAAUCGACACUUUCAAGAACGGAAUCGCCACCAUCAACCAAGAGGUUCUUGUAGCUUGGUACCGACUCACUCCAGCAUCGGCAUGCGCAACUGGUGGAACCACGGGAAACACGGCGGCUCAGCUGCAGCCUGAGAUGCCACCCGGAGAACUGUCGCAGGACAAGAUCUUUUUCUCGGCAUUGCUCACCUCUUUACUCACUCCACGAGUCACCAUUGACGGCCAGAGGCGCGUCGUGAACUGGGAUGACGCUCCUUACGGCUAUGUGGGUAUGUUCCACGGCAGCUUUGCAUAUGAAGGUCGCGUUGGCAAAGUUCUCAUCGAGCUCGUUGACGCUUCGGGUGCCGUUGUUGCUACACUCAAUGGUGCUGAUCUUACCAAAACCUGUGAAAAGGGCAUCACCAACUGGAACCCGUGGGUAGGAAGCACCACGACUACCAGAUCCGUUUCUGCAGCACCAGCAUUGUCUUUGUCGAAGCAGCAGUGUAUGAAGGGAACUGGGCGAGACGGUUUUGCAGAGCUCUGCGAAUUCACAUGCUCCUUUGGCUAUUGCCCUCCGGGCCCGUGUACCUGUACCAAGCUGGGCAAGGCUCUGGACACGCCGGAACCUAAGAACGUCGAUGGCUAUCCCCUAGCGGGAUCAGAUUGCACAUACAAGGGUCUUUGCUCGUAUGCUUGUAACUACGGCCACUGCCCAUCCAAGUAUUGCACAACUGCCGCGUCAGCUAAGGACAAGUGUGUCAUUCCACCCGAGGAAGCGGACCCUGAGGACUCGGACGAUGCCUGCACAGCGGGAACUGGAACAGGUAACUUUGAGGGACUCUGCGGUUUCUCUUGCGGACGCGGCUAUUGUCCCCAGCCCCAGUGCAAGUGCACAGGACGUGGCCCAGCCAUUACACCUCCACCUGCGACUUCUGCAGGAGGAUACCCAGCAAAUGGUCUUUUGGGCGAAUAUACUGGACUCUGCAACUUCGCUUGCGCCCGAGACUACUGCCCGUCCGGUGCUUGUUCAGAGGCCAACCCCUAUGGUGCUCUCUUCAAGGAGGGGCUUCGAACGUGCGAUUCUUCUGAUGAGAAGAGCGCCUGGAACUGCCCCAACCUCAACUGCUUCCAAGCCAGUAAAAUUGAGGACGGUGUCAAGAAACGUUGGGAUUCUGUCGGUGCCGGGGAGUUCUUCAACUACACCGCAGAAUGGUUCUAUUACCAGAACGAGGUGGCCAUCGGUGGCAACACGAUGUUCUACGGAACGCCUUUCCAGGAUCAGUACAUUCGCUCCAUUGCCUACUUCUACGGCGGUCGCGACGCGAACGGGGGAAACAGGGCAGCCGACAACUACGAUUGCGACAUCAUUGGAGCCAACGCAUGUACGAACCCCUUUAAGUGCGGCACGACGCAAUACCCUGGCAUGGAUCUGGUCUUUGCCUCGUUCUCCAACUUGCACAACUUCAUUACCAACAUGUAUCUUUCAAUUGAUGGUAUUUCCGCCAGCGCGGCAGCGAACGCAGACUCGAUUGCUUCCACUUUCGGCGAUUCCAAGCUGGACGAGGGUCUGAAGUUCCUGCAGGAGUUUUCGGAGUACUUCGGUCUUAGCAUGCAGUUUGCGGGCGGUUCGUUCUGGAGCAAGAUGAUCACAGAUCCUGAUGUGUUCAAGGCAUUUGGAGAUGUCGUUUCAAGGGUUGAACAACUAUCCGGCACCGUCGAGACCUUCACAUCCCUCUACAGCACUAUAUCUGAGGCACAGACUGAAGAGGCUAUGAAUGCGAUGGAGAUUGCCAAAGAAGUCAGCAAAGCAAGCGAUGAAUUUUCCAAGCAGGCUCGCCAGACGCUUGACAAGUUCCUCAAGCAGAUCUUUGACGGAAGCUACCUAUCAACAAGACGCCUCUACCCCAUGAUUGCCGACGGAACUUGGCUCGACGCUCCCAAGGUUUCCAUCUUUGACUUCCACAAGUCCAUCGAACCCAUCAUGAACGCCAUGCUCAUCAACAAGGCCUGGACCACUGGCGCCAACGGCAAUGCCAUUGUCAUUCUCGCCAAGGAGGGUCAUGUGACAUACCCCCAGCCCCGACGUGGCAACGCUGCUCUCAUGAGCAACGACGAUGGUGAGGCCACGCAAUACUUCUAUACGAGUGAGACAGGCGAGGAAUGGACACUGUGGAUAGCCCAAGUCGACGUCUGUACGCAGAACCGCUGUGAUCGUAGAUUCAAGGCCCCCAAGGGUCUCGAUGAGAUCAGAGAGGAGAACGACUAUGGCGUUACUGUCAGAAACAUGAUUCUGUCGCCUUUCUUCAACUGGAGGAGGCAAGGUAACCAGAACUACCAUCCGACGAAGCUUGAUCCAUAUGCCAAGAAUGGCGACAAAUCGGCCACGUCGCAGGUUCCGUUCUCAGUUGGCCUCGACCAUCCUGGUGCUAUCCCCAUUCCGGUCUGCGAUAUCGAGACGGCCUGGCAGAACAUUGCCAAGUGGUGGAGGAACCCCAGCGAAGCUCCCUGCGAUUACUAUCCAUGCUGCAGUUACUAG